CUGAAAAUUUAAGAAAUAAUAAUAUUUAGUUGUUCACGAGUCAUUUAGAAAUAUACAAACUUUUUGUUACGCUCUCUCCAUUAUGCUUUUAACGUUCACUUUCCUGAGAAAAAUGGAAAAAUUACGAGACAGUUUUACGACGUGGCUUGAUUCCUCUUGAUAGGAACUGAACUUGAGCAUUUUCAGUGUCACGUUUACGGCUGAAGGUCAAAGUCGUCAUCAAACUCGCGAGACAAUUACGAACCAGGCAAUAAAAUAAUUAUCGCAGGCUAAUGAAGUUGAUACUUUCGAUCUUCCGAAGAUCACAGCACAGCGAAGAGGAGCACAAGACAGUCUUGGCGAUCGCGCGAUGCUGCUCGCGUGAAUGAAAUUCUUCGAGAGAAACUAUCAAGCAAACGCAGCAAGCAUGCCCGGGGGUGUCGUGUUUCUGGUUUGCAUUCCCACACUGAGCUACGAGCACGAGCUCGUGUUCGGCGUGCCCCUGAAGCGGAAGAGAGUCGAGAGAAGCAAGAGUAAGAUCACUGCUUCACCGAAGGUGGAUCUGCGUUUGAAAGAAGUGAAGACACGCGCACAGUUGCUCUCGUUGGAGGAUGAUGGUCGUGUUGAUGAUGACGACGAGGAUGAUGAUGUCGGCAUCGACGUUGGCGUCGAUUCUAGGAGGCGUCUUCGCGGGUAUCCUGCACGGUCGAAGACGCCGGUCUUCGUGUCGAUGGAAACGGUCCUAGAAGAGCUCCUCAAGAAGCUUAAGGUAGAACACGUCGUGUGGUGCAAGGACAAGGAAGACAUGUAUUAUGAGGUGAUUUUUCCGGUUCCCGCCGGCGAGCCCUGCGAGAACUGCAUACAUUGCCUGACCGAGAUGGGUAUCGGCGUCAAGAUGAACUCGAUAGUAAGCGUAAUCCCGACGCAAUGCACGUAUAGCAGUGUGAGCACUACAGCGAUCAAGGACGACGUUGCUCGCAGGUUUCUUGAUUUUCUUAAUGAAACUUGGGUAAAAACGCAAUUGUCCAUCACGUAUUUUAUGUCGUUUAGGCGGAAAGAGUCGGAGGAUCGUAACAAUGCUUGGGAAUCCUUCGUUGGAUCCAUCAGGUCGAAGUUGACGGUGCAGCAGGUUGUUGAUGGUGUUCGCAGCGGCGGUGAUCUGACCUUUGAUUACGUGCUGCUGGUAUUAACUGCGGACUGCCUCGCUGCCCUCGGUCUAGUCGAGAAUAGCGCGACUAACGUCGUUGCGGCUAUGCUGGUCUCGCCCCUUAUGGGGCCCGUGAUGUCUCUGACCUUCGGCACUAUCAUAGCUGACCGAGAUCUGCAGCUGGUCGGCCUGAAAAGUCUGAUGCUCGGUAUCUUUCUGUCGAUACUCUUCGGCUUCAUAUUUGGCCUAAUUCUCGGCACAACCGAGAUGCCUUGGGGCUACAACGAUUGGCCAACCGACGAAAUGAAGGGCAGAGGCAACUACAGGUCGCUCUGGAUGGGUGUUCUUUGGGCUCUUCCAUCUGGCACAGGUGUUGCAGUCGCUCUGCUGCAGGGCAGCAAUGGACCGCUAAUUGGCGUCGCUAUAUCGGCCUCAUUAUUGCCGCCAGUUGUUAAUUGCGGCUUGUUCUGGGCUCUCGGAUGCAUAUGGCUCAUAUACCGCCCUAUAAAGAUGCCCCACAUCAAAGGGGAGUCCUACACGAACUUCAAUAGCUCGUAUAAGUACAUCUACAGCGACUACUUGCCCGUAGAGUUCUUCUGCAAUGGCAUUAUCAGCGCGUGUCUGACAUUUAUCAACGUAAUGUGCAUCUUUAUUACAGCGAUAAUAGUCCUGAAGAUUAAAGAAGUGGCCGCGCCGUACACGUCCACACCGGAACUGCGUCGGUUUUGGGAACACGAUAUCCGUCUUGUCCGCGAUAAGAAUAUCUCGAGAGAUAACAGUUCCCUGAAUUCGAGUUACUACGACGGAUUGAGCAAGAGAAAGCAACGAGCGCUGGAGCGCACGCUGAACGAGGCAGUAAGGGAGGCGAUGAAUGACGAGACCUUCAGGAAAGUGCAAAGACUCAGUUACGGACAGCACGGGCCGGAAGAGAUCGGACCUCGAUUCGGGCUUCGCGGCUGCGGGGCUGCUGGUAGGAGCAACAUGAAGGAGAACGAGGACGUCGAGGAGAUAAUAAGCGAGGAUAAAGAUUACCCGCGGUCGCGCAAGAUCUUGAAUUCCGGCAAUACGAGCGAGGACUUGGCCGCUCUGGAUCGAUUAAUAACAUACCUCCUGAGCCAGCCGAGCAAUCCCGGUGGCGGCAAUCUGGACACGUGGAGACGCUCGCAUCGAGCUAGCUCGCGAGGGUACAGGCAGUUGCGUGGCACCGCGGCCGAUAUCGCGGAAACGGGCGGCGUUGGCACGACGCCUCUCUGAGCGUAAAUUCAUAUCUAAAGGUCAGCGUUACGCGCACGAAGAUAACGAUACGACGACGCCGACAUCCUAAAGCGAUAGAGUCCGCGAAACGGAAUCGCAGUAAGGGCGAAGGGCGACAGUGUGGGUGAUAUAUCACAUUAAUGUAACACGCUUUUUAUUAAAGACAUGAUAAAUUAU